CCCUUCUCACUCCCCGGCGCUCUCAGAGCACCGAUCCUGCCCCAGGCCCUGGCGGGCGCAGUGCCAGCAGCGCCGGCACACGAACCUCAUUUUCAGUCCCUGUCAGAGCCAGGACCAGCUGGAAGAGAAGGCUGUACUCUUUGACGACCCCUGCAGGCGUCUGCGCAUUCUAACACACAGAUGGAUCUCGAUGUGGUGAACAUGUUUGUGAUUGCUGGGGGGACGCUGGCCAUCCCAAUCCUGGCCUUCGUAGCCUCCUUUCUCCUGUGGCCUGCAGCAUUGAUAAGAAUCUACUACUGGUACUGGCGGAGGACGCUGGGCAUGCAGGUUCGCUACGUGCACCACGAAGACUAUCAGUUCUGUUACUCCUUCCGGGGCAGGCCGGGGCACAGGCCGUCCAUCCUCAUGCUCCAUGGCUUCUCGGCGCACAAGGACAUGUGGCUCAGCGUGGUCAAGUUCCUUCCGAAGAACCUGCACUUGGUCUGUGUGGACAUGCCAGGACAUGAAGGCACCACCCGCUCCUCCCUGGAUGACCUGUCCAUAGACGGACAGGUGAAGAGGAUCCAUCAGUUUGUAGAGUGCCUUAAGCUGAACAAGAAACCCUUUCACCUCGUGGGCACCUCCAUGGGGGGCCACGUGGCCGGAGUGUACGCUGCUUACUACCCGUCAGACAUCUCCAGCCUGAGUCUGGUGUGUCCCGCUGGCCUGCAGUAUUCAACUGACAAUCAGUUUGUACAGCGGCUCAAAGAGCUGCAGGAACCAGAAGCUGUAGAGAAGAUUCCCUUGAUCCCAUCCACCCCAGAAGAGAUGAGUGAGAUGCUCCAGCUCUGCUCCUAUGUUCGCUUCAAGGUGCCCCAGCAGAUCCUGCAAGGCCUUGUCGAUGUCCGUAUCCCUCAUAACAGCUUCUACCGGAAGUUGUUUUUAGAGAUCGUCAGUGAGAAGUCCAGAUACUGUCUGCAUCAGAACAUGGACAAGAUUAAGGUCCCUACACUGAUCAUCUGGGGGAAACAAGACCAGGUGCUUGAUGUGUGUGGGGCAGACAUAUUGGCCAAGUCAAUCAACAACUGCCAAGUGGAACUUCUGGAAAACUGCGGCCACUCGGUGGUCAUGGAGAGACCCAGGAAGACAGCCAAGCUCAUCGUUGACUUUUUAGCUUCUGUGCACAGUACAGACAACAACAAGAAGCUGGACUGAAGCCCAGACGGCAGCUUGCGUUCUGCACACAGCAUCCGCUCCUGUCCCCAAAACCUGAUGCGGCCACCAACCACUCUCAGGGAUCCUGCCCCAAACGCAGUGGUGCGCCAGUGUCCCUGAGGAACUCAGUUCCCUAUUCCCAUUCUCCUUGGUUCCACAGAGCUUCAGCAUCCCCAGAAAAUCUCCAAGAUCUCUUUGUCAAAAUGGAAACUCACAUGGAACAAAAUAAGAAAACCCAGCCCCGAAAUCUCCUGAGAAGUCUUCAAGUUCACGUCGCUGACGAGUUUGUGCUGAGCGGCCACCCUGAACCAUGACCAUCAAGGACAUUUUCUUCGAGACAUUCCCUGCACACUGAGAUGUGAGAUGUUUUUGUUGCUUCAAGUGUCUUCCCGUGCAUGGCCAGUGGCUCCUGUAGGAGCAUAGCCCUCAUUCACAGCACCCCCUUGCUUAGGUCUAAUUUAAUUUUGCAUAGAGGCCCAUAUGUGAAUGCAGUCUAUCAGCCACAAGACGGUGGAGAAAGACGGCAAGUUGUGGGAGAUGUUUCUACCUUUUCCUUUUACAGGAACACGUAUGUAGGCCCACUGCUCUGGCACGGCCCGCCCUAGACCUGCCUAGGCAGCACGACGCGCGGCUUGGGGGCGGGGGUGGUUUGGCACUCACGAGUCAGCUCUGCUGUGAGGGAACCGAGGUGCAGCCUGCGGAACACAGGGGGGGUUUCCUAGGGGUCAUUUAUUCUAUUUUAAAGUAGGACUAAUAAAGCAAUAAUGCUCUAGACACCUACCUAAAUAAUCAGAUUCAAGUUCCACACUCAAGCAGCUUCGGGCCUCUAUUCUAUUUUGCUGUGCUCCUGAAAACCCUUGGAUGUACCAUACUAACUUGUUAAUGAAUUCUGUGAAUUCUGUGAACAGUAAUGUGAUUGAAAAUAAGUCUAAACAGCUGUAAAAGUGACCACAAUGAUGUGAAAUAAGUUUAAUAAGUCUA